AUGAAUAUCUUGAUACUGCUGAUACUCGUUGAAUAAAUUCUUGCAGUAAAAAUAUUUUUGAAUCAGCAUCAACAAAGCUCUAAUCUUACUCAUUAAGAUAAUGACUACUUGAGAAUAAAAUUUUAACAACCUCUUGUCUCUUAACUCUCUUAGCAAAUUUAAAACGAUAUUUCAAAUAAUCAAUCGACUUAAGCUAUACCUUAAAAAUUUGAAAAUAAUGAACCAUUUGAGAAACUUACAAUACAUAUGAUCCCUCACAGUCACUAAGAUCCAGGCUGGCUAAAAACUCCAUAGGAGUAUUAUCAAAACAGUGUUGCUCCUAUUCUUAGUAGUGUAAUGCAACAUUUAAAGGAAAAAGAGAACAGGACUUUCAUUUAUGCAGAAAUGUACUUCUUUGAACAAUGGUGGAAAACCUAAAACAAUUAAACCUAGCAAGAUGUUUAGAAUUAUAUCAAGGAAGGUAAACUUGAAUUCGUUAACGGCGGAUGGGUUGCUAGCGAUGAAGCAUGCCCUCUCUACUUUGAUUUGUUAGAAAAUAUAAAAAAAGGUCACGACUUCUUGAAUUCAACUUUUGGUGUAAUACCAAAAAUGGCUUGGCAAGCCGAUGCUUUUGGGCAUUCUUCCCAAACAGCGAAAUUCUUUAAAGAACUUGGAUUUGAAGCACUUUUCUUUGGCAGAAUGACUGAUGAGUAUAAAUAAAGCAUGCUUACUACUAAGGAUAUGGCUUUUAUAUGGAAUCCUGAGUUUGAAGGAAUUGAUUAAGAAUACAGAUCUCAAGAUGGAAUAUAUACUCAUCUCACACGUGAUAUUUAUGUAUCUCCAUAUACACAUUCAAAUACAGUACACUUAGCAAAUAUUUGA